AUGCAUUUGUCGCAAUCUAUCGGCUCAAUCUUGCUAGCCUCGAGCUUUCUUUUGAGUGGAGCUCUAGGAGAAGGGGAAGAGAGAGAGAUCAUCGGCUAUCGAAUAGCUCACGAAGACGAAGCCGCGUAUAUCAAUGAACACAAUAGGCCUUAUAGAGAUGAAAUAUACGAUGACUAUACAAACCGUAAUCAACUAGGACAUGGCAUUUAUAUGACAAAUGAACCUGCGAGCUGGCCGGCCUAUGAUGACGAGUGGAAUUGUGUUAUCAAAGCGGAUAGUCAAAAGAUGAAAGAGGUCAGCAAAGUAUGGAUUCCGGAAUAUCGUCGAGAAAUCAAGAACGGUCUUGCGGUAUGGCCAAUUCGAUUAUGGUUCGCAGAAGAAGAAGACAUUCUGGAAUAUAUCGAGUCACUAGUGCCAGAAAAACCGGAGCAGGCAUUACGCUUUUCAUAUAUUUCCGGGCUCCCUGAGGAGCUGCAAAUGCUUAUUCCAACUGAAACAAUAAACAAAAAUGAGUUGGAUUUCUGGGCUCAAUGCUGGAAAACACUGGAUGAGCAACUAGAAUUUUCGAGCAAAACCAUUGAGUGGACGACGGAUUGGGAUAUUGUUGGAAAUUCUGGACCGGCCGUUGAAGAGAAUACUAGUUUGAGCCAAAUACUUGAGGAGAUGACUUUAGGGCAGGAAGAGUGA